CAUUCGCUAUAUUUAUUGGUUUCUAAAAUAACGUUGUUACGAUUAGCUACCUGCAAGUCCGAUAUUGCAGUUCUCGAAUAUUGUUUAUUCCGCCUUUAUCUCCACAAUUAUUUUUAAUUUCAGUUUUACCUUUAGUUCAAAUGUUAUAUUCAGGUGAAUGAGUAGGUACUUGAUUUGAUACUCAAUAACUUCUUUGUGUGAACUGAGUGUUUCCUGUGUUGAAACUUGAAAUGCGAAAGUUAUUAGGUUUAUGCAUAAUGUUUUACUAUUAAGGUGUAGUGAAAUCUUCAAAAUGAUGCAGUUACCAGCAGACGGCUGCAUGAAUAUCUCUGAACUGGCGAAUCAAUUACGUCGUGAAAAAAUCUUCAUUAAUUCAGAGCGACAAUUGUUGCAAAAUCUUAAUGAAGAGUUAGAAAAGAGUGCUUUAGAAUUGCUACAACAAUCCUGGAUUUGCUCACAACAGAGACAAAAUCUUACAAACUUAAUAACAUCAAGAUGUGAAGCAGAUUCUGUAGCAGCAUGCCAAAGGGCUAGUUUACUUGAAGGAACAACUUUUGUGGAUGUUUUUAAAGUCUUAAAAUACAAAGAGGCCCUGACCCUUGGUGAGCUACUAGGAUGGCUUCGAGAUACUCCACAUCUGAUGGCAUUAUGUAUGAUACUUGGAGAAGAUCAAAUGCCAGCAUCACUCCCAUCAUUAAUAGUUUCCGGGUUAUAUGGAAGUUGUAGAUCUGGGCCUGACCGAUCCAGAUUCCUUGCUGUUGUACGGUCACUUAUCAAAUAUCAGCUGGCACCAUCAACAGAUCCCAGAAAAAUGUUCCGUACAAACAAAUGCGCGCUAUCUGCAAUAUACGCGGUGUACCGGGAUGGCCAUACGCCAGCGAGGCAGUUCCUCAUCACGGCACUCCAAGCACCAGUAAUGGCUGUCCUGCAUGAAGAUGAAUUCUUUUUGGAUGCUGAUCUAGAUAAGGCAUUGGAGAGGUUUACUCUGUCGGAUCGUAUCAAGAAGUUCGGUCAGCCGAACAGCAGUGAGUAUCAAGCUAAAGUGGCCAGAUACCGCAAAUGGACUGUUCAAGCACUGUUCAACCUCACCACCAAGUUUAUAGUAGCCUUGCGAGAGUAUUGGCCGAACUUUCCGACUACAAUCGCCUGGAUCGUGCAGCAGAUUGUGCAUCUGUUGAAGCAACAUUCGAGGAUAACAGAACGCGAACUCCACGCAAUUUGCACCGAUAUGAUUUUCAACCACUUCAUCUGUCCCGCCAUAGUAAAUCCAGAAGCGCAUGGCGUGGUGGAUAUUCCAGUGUCGUAUAUAGCGAGAUUUAAUCUCAUACAAAUCGCUCAGAUAAUACAAAUGCUGUGUCUCGCGAAGUAUCAGGAGGUGGAACCUAAAGUCCGCGACCUGUACACGAAAUUUGAGCGAUCGUGUGUAUGGUCCCUAAUAGAAGCUGUGACGAGCCCUGCGUGUGCGCCGGCGCCGCCCACAGCCACGCCUGACGCUACACUUAGAACAGAUGCACCACAUAGGACCAUUGUUGCUAUGUUUACUUAUCAGGAUCUGCAUUUAUUUAUAUCGUUCCUGCGAAGAAUCUCAUCUAAACUUAACAAUAAUACAUCGAAUGGUUCGGGUGAAGACAGACAGAAUGGAAGUGCGUCUUCAAAUGAAGUCGCAAAUUUUGGUGACAGCACAGAAGGAUCAAGCCUGGAUGUGUCGGAAGCGGAAAUGAACGGUCUGGAGCGGAGUGAUAGCACUGAGAGCAAUGAUGGUGCGGGUCGUCUUUCUGCUCUUCUGCAAACACUGGAGCCAAAUUACCGGGCAAGGCUUCACGAUUUGUUAAGGAAACUGAAUAAUCUGCCCACUGUCAGACCGUCACCACCAGAAAGCAAAGAAUCUCCUGAAAAUGGUCCCGGACGGCGAGGUAUUUUGGGGAAAGUACCAAAACCCAAAUUGCCUCGGUCCAACGGCUCUGACGAGAAGGAGGCUCAUUCGGAGUCACCCGAGGUGCUGCUUAUCAAGCUGACUAAUGUUGACGAGCAGGACUAUGUUGGUUUAGUACCGGAAUCUAAAGUCCUCGAAUGUUAUUAUGGAGGCAGCGACGCGGGUGAUACUGAGGACGCGGCCGCCUUACCACCUGGACCUACGCCCGUACAAAAACGUACCAGAUUUUCAGUAUCACAUGAUGAAGUAUCCUUGGGGAAUACAUCUGAUAACUUGGAAGCUGUGUCGGAAGCGGCCUCGAAUCACAGCGUCACAUCCAGUUUGGAGUUGGAAACUGAAGAUCAAAAUGAUAAUCUAUCUGAUAUGGUAUCAGCCAACGUUAGCGGUAGAGGCAGCCCCAAUAUAUCAGGAAGGGAGACACCUUCAUCUCAAGUGACAGACGGAGAUGCAGCCAGUGAAGCGGUGCGGAGGGCCCCACCAAAUGCUCCAGUGAAUCAAACCUCCAGUGCUAACCAAGCUAAACUGCUCAAGCAAACCCGAAAUGAGAUUGAAGACAAAUUCUGCAAAUUCGAAAUUAAGAAACUCUUGGAAGGAGAUGAAACUAUCAGUAUUAUGUCAGACACGUGGAGCACGGAUGUGUUGGCGUCCGAUUCUGAAACAAUUGGGGACACUUGUGACCAAACAGUCAAUUCUAAUGCUCAAGGCACUGCGGCAAAUAACACGAACGCACCCGACGUGUCCGAAACAGCGAGCGAGUCCGCUUGGAGUAUGGACGUACUCGCUUCUGACAGUGACAGAAAUACUGAGGUGGACACGGAUGACUGUGUAUCAGUUGCUGCUCGCUCUGACACCUCCUGGCCAAGACGACCUUCGGGACAAGAUGACAUCAUACUAAGAGCCCAUCAGAAUGGCAAUGCGAAGAGACCAGACAUGAACAGUCCAAGACACACACCGAAAGCGAAUCACCCGUACAGAUCUGGUGUAUAUUUAAGUGCUACGGCGGCAUUGUCUCGUGGUGGUGAACUGGACUUAGCCUCGCAGCCUCCACACGCACAUUAUUCUAUUGAAAACCGGAAGAGUAUACUCGUUAACGGAUAUCCGGUGAUGACUUGUUAUGCGACAUCAGCGCCAGAGAGCCCGAGUACUGCGGCCGCGCAGCUUUCCAGUGACGUCUUUGAUUAUCCUACACAAAACAACAACAACACAGGUUCAGAAAACACAGUGGAUGAAGCUCAGGGUGAAGGUCACACCAGUACUGGUUCAGACGCUACCAGUCAGUGGGUCACCGACAGCUUUCCUAGGUUGGAUGGGUUUUUGGGGAAGUAUCAGAUGCCAUCAACAUCUAAGGCAUAUGAGGACAACGAUCUUAUGGAUAGGUCUCUAAACUCCAGCGAAAGUUCAUUCAACGCCCUCUCAGUAUCCCAGUACGGGGGUCGAAUCGACUCCGGCAUUGACACAGAGAGACAAGACACAGAACCUAGGUCCAAUAUGUCGGACCUGGUGACCCGUAUGGGGUCAAUCUCUAUGGGCCCAAGUCGGGUCGUGAAGACGGAAAUAAGGACCAGUAUUGUCAGCAUUAGCUCGUCCAGGGUCGAAAGAAGACGUGAAGCGAGCAACAUGUCGCUAAGUACAUUGUCAGUGAACAGCGAGACAUCCGCCUCCGGUGCCAGUUCGAGCCAGGACGUCAACUCGGAGAACGUGACCGAGAGGAGAGUCAGUCCUCCACCGAUCAAACUCUCCACGGGAGCGAUACCCAAGAGCAUCAGCUUCGAUGCCACCGCCGAGAAAUCGCAGAGGCGACGCAUAGUUGGCGAGGAAAUCGUCGGUAAUUUGGACGAGUUAAAGAACAAUGUGAAGCGUUCAGGCGGCAAUCUCCUUCAUAAGAUCAAGAUGUUCCGGCAGAAGGGACGCUCACAUCACAGUGUUCCCGCAGAAGUCAAAGUUUCAGAGGAAGAUAUUCGCGAUGAGCAUAGUACUGAAACGGGCGAGAGUUCUGAGGAAAUUCUAGCAAAAUAUAGGCGACACCCAGAUAUGAAACGACAUUCCACACGGAGACCCUCGGAUCUACCUGAUGCUGAACUGGAUAGAUGUGAAGGUGUAGUGGAUUUAAACGAGCCAGAGGUAUUCAACAGUAUGAAGAGGAGACUUCGCAUGGUUUUGGCCAACACCGACUACCACUGUGUCGAAUAUGUACCCAAUCGUUGUACAAGCACAUCUCUAUCCGACUGGGUGCGAGCGGGCAAUUGCGCAGAGGCAGCGGCGACUGCUCGCGCCUUAGCCUCAGCCGGGCCACGAGCAGCCCGCUUAGCAGCUGCCCUGCGAGCAGACCUGGCUGCUAGGAGGCCAUAUGCCGCAUAUCUUGCUUCUUGCCGGGCAGCGUUGGCGCAUGCCCAUCAUGAUCUUAGAGCACAAAUUAAACUAGUACGCUGGGAAUGCGCUGAGUGUGUAAGAUGCGCAAGCGCUGCGCGAGUGUUGGAACAACUAGAACGUGGUGCAGUUUUACGUCGCCUCGCCAAACAUCAUGCGCACUCUUCACAUCACUCAAUCAAUGGCGGAGAACUAAUGGAUGAGAAAGCGACUCGUCUUACAGCCAGUAUUAAAGCAAUCACCGCUGAAGUAAAGGCUGAUCCAUCCUGGGAAGGGGCAACCCCAACAGUCCUAGAGAGCGCGGAGAUUACUGUGGAAAGAGCUGUAUUUGCACGACUCUACUUGCAAGUGCUCUUUCCUAAUGGCGACGGAGACAUCGCUCGAGAUCAGGUGCUGAGCGAACACAUGCGUCGAUUGUCCGCGUGCACGAACGCAGUGCGAGCGGGCGUUGCCCCGAGGCACUUGUGGGCGGCGCCGUUCCCUCACGCCCAACUCUUGCUCAGGCAUUUACCCGUCUAUAGGACUCCGAGAGACAAGGUGUCGUGUAUAAUGCGGGUGGUCUCUUCUCUAAUGUCGGUUCUUUCUCUGACUGACGGUUCGCCUCCGGCCGCUGACGAUCUGACACCCGUUUUGGUAUUUGUUAUACUAAAGGUGAAUCCGCCGUCCUUGUUAUCGACGAUCGAGCUAGUGAACGCGUUAGGAGGCAGCGUGUUGUCCGGCGAAGCCUUGUACUGGUGGACUCAGUUUUGCUCAGCCGUCGCGUACAUCAAAACUAUGGACUAUGUGUCUGCCUCUUCGUAUACGUAGCCACGACCGGCGCCGCUCACUAGGUCAGCGCGCCCAAAAUUCAACGAUGGUGUCUCCGAACAUGAGCGCCGCAAUACAAUAUAAAUUAGAUUUUAGCAAAAUUUAUCAAUUCAGGCAGACUUAAUAUAUUUGCUAUUUUUACAGCUUACAACCUCGUCCUGAUUACACGAAAUUACAAUAGGUUUUAAUUAUCUAUGACACAGACAAGCGCCAUAUUGCUUUAUUUAAAGCAAGACUUCAAAUUCGAUAAAAUUGUAUUUACAUGUGUGUAUCUUAUACAUAUAUUUUUAAUAAGUCCGGAUCGUUGGUUUUGUGUAUAUGUAAAUAUUUUAAUGUGUUUAAAUUAAGUGAAUAAUUUUUAUCCAGUUUCCAGUGGUAGUAAACAAAUUGUAUUAACUAAAACAUUCAAUUAUCGCUUUCUGUCUUAGCUCAAUAGUAAAUAGUUUAAGUAGAAUAAUGUAAGCCACGCUUUGCCAAACAUAAUAGACCCCGAAAUUAUUUUUAAUAACUAUUUUCAACUAACUUUAAUAAGAUUUUAUUUAUAUCUUCACUUAUUCGGAUUUGUAGUUUAAGAGUAAAGUUUUGAAACGCAUAAAUAUAAGAAUCUACGUACUGACGUAUUAACUGUGAUGUGUGAAAUAGGUGAUGUAUUUUUGGAACUUCGAUUUCGGCUUUUGCGUGUUUUGUUCAAAUUCAAUCUCGCUAUAAAACUAUUAAGUAGUCUCGAUUUAAUCAUUUAAUUAGUGUUUAAUUCGAUAAAACGUACGAUAUGUAUACUAUGAUACGUAUAGUAUUAUUACACUACAAUUGUAAUCUCAAUGUCAUAUAAUACAACGAAAAGGGUUCUAAUAUUUAAAAAUAAUGUACAGAAUCUAGAGCUCACUCACUAGUUUUAAGCACUCUUUAUUUGCAAUUAAUAUUCCAUUCCAUUUUUAUAUCAGACUUCAAUAUUGUCCGUAUAUGGUGUAGGGAAUAGCGGUGAUGAGAAUUGGCGUGUGAAUUUACGUGAUUUUCAGAUACAUUCUAUAUACUUUUGUUGAAUCUUGGUUUAGACAUUAUAUAAAGACGUGCCUUUUAUUUAAAUUAUUUUAAUAAUAAGUGUAAUGUAUGUAUUUUGUAAGUGUGGAUAUUGUAUUAUUUUGUGAGGCAAUUUAUGUGAAGGUACAAAUGUAAGUAAUUACUUCUUACCUAUAUAUUUUUAUUUGUUUAUAUUUCGUAAGGUUAACAAUUUUACCAUACUCGAUUCGCUAUGCUAUAUAACCAUUAUUCAAAGUAAAGUAUCUGAAUUAUAAUAUAAAUGACUGUCAUCAAUUUAAUAUUAACUCUUCUUGCCUAGAACGAAAUUUAAAAA